CAUCGUCACAGUAAUUUCCAUCCCUCAAGCUUUAGGCGUGGGCAGUCGAACCUGUCGCUUUCGUGCAAGCAGAAAAACACCAGAUUACCUCCGAAUCCAUUCUGCUAUCCCGCAACCCCGCGCCAGCCCAGCCAUAGAACCAAGACUAGCCAGAAGAAAUACGCCCAGAUGGCACUGAUCGUGGACAAGCACCGGCCGAGGUCCCUGGAUGCUCUCACAUACCAUGAGGCGCUGUCGGACCGGCUGCGGUCUCUGGCGCGGAGCGGCGACUUCCCACACCUCCUAAUCUACGGGCCUUCCGGGGCGGGCAAGAAAACGCGAAUCGUGGCGACGCUCAAGGAGCUAUACGGCCCCGGCGUGGAGAAGAUCAAGAUCGAUGCGCGCGUGUUCCAGACGAGUAGCAACAAAAAACUCGAGUUCAACAUUGUCGCCUCGGUGUACCACCUCGAGAUCACGCCAUCCGAUGUAGGCAACUACGACAGGGUGGUGAUCCAGGACCUGCUCAAGGAGGUGGCGCAGACGCAACAGGUCGACCAGUCGGCGCGCCAGCGGUUCAAGGUCGUCGUCAUCAACGAGGCCGACCACCUCUCGCGCGACGCCCAGGCCGCCCUCCGCCGCACCAUGGAGAAGUACUCGCCCAACCUGAGGCUGAUCCUGCUGGCCAACUCGACGGCCAACAUCAUCGCCCCGAUCCGGUCCCGGACGCUGCUUGUCCGGGUGGCCGCGCCCACCGAGGAGGAGGUCUGCACGGUGCUCGCCUCGUCGGCCAAGCGGGAGGGCUGGGCAGUGUCGGAGAAACUGCACCAGAGGAUAGCCAAGGAGAGCGGGCGGAAUCUGCGCCGCGCCAUGCUGAUGCUCGAAACGGUGCACGCUCAAAAUGAAAAAGUCGAAGACACGACGUCGAUCCCGCCGCCAGACUGGGAGGCGCUGGUCGGGCAGAUAGCCAAGGAGAUCAUGGACGAACACACGCCGGCGCGGAUCCUGCAGGUUCGGGCAAAGUUCUACGAUCUGCUGACGCACUGCAUCCCGCCGACCACGAUCCUCAAGACGCUCACCUUUAAGCUCAUACCGCUGAUAGACGAUGCGCUUAAGGUCGAAGUCAUACAGUGGUCGGCCUUUUACGAGCACCGCAUCAAGAUGGGCACCAAAGUCAUCUUCCAUCUCGAGGCGUUUGUGGCCAAGUUUAUGAGGAUACUGGAAAUGUAUCUGAUGAGUAUGGAUAUGUGAAGCUGUGGCCUAUUUUCUUGGCCCGACAGAACACGCAGUAGAGGGAGAGCCAUGUUCAGCGUUUCACGGCGUUCUCGGGGCGGUUCGGUCUACGCCCAUGUAUACGCACUCUAUUAGUCACACCUACCUCCUGCCGUUAGCUGUCCGGUUAGGUUGUGUUUAGCUAGAUGUAUAAUCACGGCAGUUAAUGAAGCGAGCCCAACCGCAUACCCGUCUUGCCGACCAUGGGUGUCCUUGCCUACCUUACCCAUUUGCAGCGGCCGCACAACCGCAGGG